GAUGCGAGCAACCCUUUCAACUACUUACUCCAAAUAUCAGCACAACCCACCUGCAUUUCGUAUACUUAACCUUUCAUCCUUUCAGUCAAAGCCUCCCGAUCUUUCACCUUAACGAAACUUAUACUAGCACACAUGCGUCUUUCAGUCUUGCCUGUUCUUCUCGCAGGCGCUGGUCUCGCUCACCAGGUUGCCGCUGAGCCUAUCCGUGUCAUCGUCGGCCACCAAGACUUGUCAGACUCCAAGGCUAAUGCCAACAUCAGAUUCGGCCAUGCUUUAGCCAAUGCCAACGUCAACGGCAACGACGACAAUGUGGCCAGCAUCAUCCGCCCCGCCGUCAUCAUGUCCUCGUCGACCGAGGUCAGUAGCAAGGGACGCCACUUCUGUGGCUCUUCCUGGAAAGCGAAGGCUAUCAAGAUGUCAAACUCUUUCCGCCAUGCCUUGGGUCUACCCCUCAUUGAAAUUAAGGAGUCGCACUCAAGUCACCAGCCCGCGCAUCACAAGUCCGAUUCUGAUAACAGGAUUUCCCACUCCGAUGGUGUCCACAUCCUGCCCAUGCCCUUCUUAGGGGCUCCUCCGUCUGUCACCGCUCCAGUACAAGAGACAGACGAGGCUAACUUGAAAGAGAUGAUGAACGAGGGAGGUGUCGUGAGGGUAUACCGCCACGGUCACGUUCGCCCCAAACACCACCACAGAGGCUCGUUCAUGAAACGUAUCCACCGUGCCCUCAUGGCACUUGGACCCUGGGAGGGCCGCGCUGUUGCUUUUGUCCUCGGAUGUGGCAUAGGUGUCCUCUUCCGUAUGGUCUGGGUGUUGAUGGUCCUCACUUACCGCACGAUAAGAGGCGAAAGAGAGGAAGAUGAUACUCUCGAGCAUGAGUACAUCGUUUUCGAGGAAGAUGCCGAGAACGUCUACGUACCUCCCCCGCAGUAUACUGACGAGAAAGUUAGAGAGGCCGAAUUUGAAGAAGAGGCGGAGACAGAAGUUCGCGUCUGAUCAUUCUCAUCGUCAGCGUCUAUGCAGUUGUAUUAGUCUCAGAGUAGACUUGAUACGUUAUCUCUCUGUUCGUAACAUUACUAUUCAGACUCGUCGUUUUCCAUCAGAUCUCUAGGUUGUGCUCCACCAUUUUUUGGUCCGCUUAUUGCAAUCGCACCUUUGACUCGAAGGACUCUCACAUUCCUUAAAAUUUCUUCUCUGUUGUAUUUCUGCUCGUCAUACAGUAUCUGGUAUUAUUUAUUGUCGAAAAAUUGUACAGCUAUGAAUGCUGUUGGCAGAUUGGUGAUG